CAGAAGUAAAAGCAACACCGAGCAAGGCGGACGUGUGUGGCGCAUUUUGUUGAUACAAUUUUGAUUAUAAGAAUUUCUUCUGUGUGAAAUCUAAUAGCAACAACACACCAAUAAAUUAUACUAAAAAAAAGAAAAACAAAAUUAAAAGAAAACAGUAUAUCGAUAAAUCGUGAAUCAACUGUCAAAUUGUAUCGUUCGUGCAGAGUUGCCUUAUUCCGUAACAAUAACAAUAAAUCGAAGUGUUGCAAACAAAGUAUGAAAGAGAAGCAAAACAAAUCAAGUAAAAACAGUUAAAAAUACGCAUAAAUUAUGCAACAUUAUUACAAGGAGUAACGAACAAACAGUGAAAAUCGCGCGCGCAACAGCAACAAACAGCUGUCAACAAAAAAUAUCUCGUAUUUUUUAUCAACAGAGCAAGCGGCGAAUUGCCUGUCAAUUUUGACGUCUACUCCUCUCCUCCUCACAUGUGCAUGUGUGUGUGUGCGGCUGUGUCCGCCUGUGAACGUGUCUCAUUCUCAUCAUUGUCAAUCUCGUGCUCGUUCUCUCAGUGUGCGUGUCUCUUCUUGUGUCAGUCAGAAAUAAAAUCGCAAAGUUCGAGUGUCCAGUAAUCCGGUGUUAAGGAAGUGUUAAAGCUUUUCUGCAUACACACAUCCACAUACACACAUAUAUUUCUACCUACCGGCAUAUUAAUGACGUCACGUCACGUCAGGCAGCAACAGCAGCAUCAGUAUCGGCAGCCAUCACAAUAACAACAACAACAACAGCAACAACCACAACAACGCCCGCGCAAUAAAAGGCUAAAGAAGCGACAAUAAUAACAGCAGCAGCAGCAGCAGCGGCAGCAACUGCAAAGUCAGCAAAGUCAAAGUAACGCCACAAAAGAAAACCAAAAAAGAAAAAAUAAAACAAAAACAAAAGCAAAACGCGUCUUUUUCGUCAGUUGCCAUUACGUCUUCGUUCGCUUCUUUUGCUCUCUCAGCUGUGCGCGUGCAAACAAACAACGCAAAAGAAGUUGAAAAUUACUCCAACGACAAUAACAACAACAACAACCACAUCAGCAACAGCAACGACAACAGAAAAAGCUACAGCUACAACUACAAAGACGUGUGAGUUUUGUGUAUGAGUGUGUUUGCAUCAACAACAAACAAACAAACAAGAAAAUAAACAAAAGCAGCCUCAACAACAGCAACAACUAAAUGAACAUCCCCCCUCUCCCCAUCAGCUGUAGCACAAGAUAAUGUAAAAUCAGCGUAUGCUCAAUAAAGAAAGCUUACCCAAAACAUAAAGCCGCUAAACUUGCAAAAAACAAAAAAACAAAAAAACAAAAUCAAUGAAGUUAUAGCAGCGUAUGUGCAAAAUACAUAAUACGUAUCUAUAUAUAUUUAUAUAAACGGUCGUUCCAAUCAAAAUUACAAAAAAACAAAAAAAAAAACCCCAACUCUUGGCCAGGAAAGGCUUUAAGUACCCAAGCUAUCAACUAUCAGCUAUCCCCCAGCUUUGCAAUCCUCAAAUAAAAAAAAAAAGAAUACCAAAAAAAUAAAACAGCAGCAAAAAAUACGCUAUUAUUUAUGCUACAUUGAUCUGUAUACCUUAUACAUAGGUGCUGUGCUCUGUGCUAAGAGCUGUUGAAUUUUUGUGUGAACCAGAAGCGAAUCGCAAAGUCUAACACUUAUAACAAUAAUAAUAUAUUAUAUACGUAUAAAUAUAUUUGAAAGCCAACGUCAUACAGUAAACGCGCAAGACAACACAACACAUCUAGUCGCCAGAUAAGCUAUCUAUAAAGCAUCCCCAGCUAAUCGAUAAAAGAUAUACAUACUACUACUACUAUAUACUAUACUCUAUAUAUAUAUAGAUAUAUAGUUUAAACUAGUACCACAUACCGCAUAUUAUACUACUACUACCGCUGCUGCAAUGGCCAACGUGGUGAACAUGAACAGCCUGCUCAAUGGCAAGGACUCGCGCUGGCUGCAAUUGGAGGUUUGCCGUGAGUUUCAGCGCAACAAAUGCUCGCGUCAGGAUACGGAGUGCAAGUUCGCCCAUCCCCCGGCCAAUGUUGAGGUGCAGAACGGCAAGGUCACCGCUUGCUACGAUAGUAUCAAGGGACGUUGUAAUCGUGAUAAACCUCCGUGCAAAUAUUUUCAUCCACCGCAGCAUCUGAAGGAUCAACUUUUGAUAAACGGUCGCAAUCAUUUGGCCCUUAAAAAUGCGCUGAUGCAACAAAUGGGCAUCGCACCCGGACAGCCGGUCAUAUCGGGCCAAGUGCCAGCUGUGGCAACAAGUCCCUACUUGACUGGCAUACCAGCCAACACAUACAGUCCUUACUAUGCAACCGGUCACUUAGUGCCUACCUUGCUGGGACCCGAUCCAACAGCUGUUGCCUCUCAGCUUGGCCCAGUGGUGCCACAAACCGUUCAGGUGGCACAACAGAAAAUUCCACGAUCCGACAGAUUAGAGCAAUUCUCUGGCAUGGUACCGUUCAAACGUCCAGCUGCUGAAAAGUCGGGCAUUCCAGUGUAUCAGCCCGGUGCGACAACCUAUCAGCAAUUAAUGCCGCCUUACGUGCCAGUGUCAUCAAACACUAAAAUACCACCUCUAAAUGCUUCCUGCGUUAUCUACACCGACGCAAGUGGACAGUUACUGGACACCCUCCCGGUGUGCCAAGAUUUCAAUAGAUCUAUGUGCAGUCGGUUAAAUUGUAGAUUCGUUCAUUUAACUGAAGAUGACAAAGUCGAGGUGCUUGAUCAACGUGUCGCUGUUUGUCGGGAUCAUGCCAACAGCCAAUGUCGCCGCAAACAAUGUAAAUACUAUCACAUACCGAUUGUAUUGCCGCCAGCCAACAUAAUGGCCGCCAUGAUCACGAAUCCCAGUGAGCAACAGGCGACAGCGGCCAAUGGUACUGUGGUGACAACAACAACCACUCCAGGAGCGGUUGCUGCUGGCUACAACCACAACAACAGCAACACCAACAAUUUGAUCAUCAUAGAGACUCAGCAGCAACAACAACAGCAACCACAGCAACAGUUUGGCUAUCACACCAGCAAUAGCAGCAACAACUACUACAACAACAACACUGCUGCAGCACACGGCAACAACGUGUAUCAGCAACAUCAUCAGCAGCAACAACAACACAUUACUUAUCACCGUAGUUCACCGUAUUCGCCGUCGUCAACUUCGUCAUCAUCCUCAUGCUCGAUAGCCACAUCGCCCACAUUGUCCUCGGCAACAACACUCUCGACCACUUCGACAGCAACCAUGCCCACACCGCAGCAACAAUACGCUGCAGCCGCGGCGCCGGCUGCCACAUUUCUCAAGGCGCCCGCCUACUAUGCCGACUCUGCACCCACUCUGGUGCUGAGCAAUGACUACAACUCCAACUGCAUACCAAUCCAGGCAGCACCGUACAUCUCGCUACCACAGCAACAUGUGCUGAAGUACACAGCACAGCCACGAGCAACCAACCAACAGCAGCAGCAACAUCACAGCCUAAUUCAUCAUCAGUUUAUGGGUCAUCAUUUUCCGGUGGUCGCAACUACAGUAGCUGCUUUGCCCGCCACUACAAUCACAGUGACACCGGCCAGUAUAGCCACACCCUCGCCUUGCAUCUAGUUAGGAAAUUAGAAAGCAUUUUGGCGCAUACACUUACCCCCAACUCAUUACUCACACCACGAUAGAUACAUACAUACUAUACUAAAAAAGAAUAAAAAAAAUUGAAAUUUUUUGAUGCAAAUAAUUGGUUGACAUGAACUAUUUACAAAUACAGCGUAUAUUAUGGGGAAAAAAACAGUUGUUGGUAAGAGUAAAAGUAAAAAUUAAAAAUUUAAUAUAGUAUAUAUAUUGAGAACUCUACAAACAAAAAUUUGCAAAAUUUUAUGAAAUUGUAUGUUAAAUUUACACAAAAGGCAUGCAUAAACAUUUUGAGUGACUCCACAAUAUUAGGAAUCUUUCGACAAAACAAAAACACACUAACUAUAUAAAGACAAUACAAAACAUACAGCUGUGACCAUUGAAAUAGCAGUGCAGACGACCUACACAUUUAAAGUUGAAAAAUAUUAUUAUAAACACAACUUCGAGACAAAAUUUGUUUAUAACAGCUUAAUAUAUUUAAUUUGCGAUAAUUAAACAUAUUUUUCAUUUUGGAUAAUUCAAUAUUUUUCCGAAUGUGGAUAUUAACAUAUGAAAAUGUCCGUAUUAUGAAGAUCAUUGAAAUAGCAGUGAAAAAACAAAAAUGUAAUAAAUUUCAAAAAAUCUUAUAAAUAACUUAAUCCUUCUAAAUUUCGAGUUGAAUACGACCUUAUAAUUUGUUGUGUAGCCUUUAUUGGCUAUUAGAGCCUCACAGCUACGUGGCAUGGAGUCCACCACGUCCUCGCAACGCUUGCAGGGAUUCUGGCCCUAUACCUCCUGUACAACUUGUCAAAGGUGUGGCUUAGAUGUCGGGGAUUUCUUGGCAACAUAAUGCUUGAUGUCCUCCAUCAGUUCCCAAUCGGAUUUAAAUCCGGGAACUCUGCUGACAUGGCAUUACAUCAGUUUUUUCAUGACCAAACCACUCCGUGACCAGUUGGCCGGUGUGUUUAGGUUUCGUGGCUCUGCUGAAAAGUCCAUAUUGAAGGCGCAUUUCAUCCUGAGAAUACUUCAGCAUGAUGUUUCUUAAUAUAUUUUCAAAGAUUUCUUGGUCUAUGAUCUCAUCGAUCAUAUUUAUAGGUCCCACACCACUGUAUGAGAAACAUGCCCAGAUCAUGAUUUGAAGACCACCAUGGUUAGCGGUCUUAAGGGUAUGGUUUAGGUCAUUUUAGGUGUUUGGUGGUCAACAGACAUAUUGUCUUGAACUUUUCUAACAAUUAACACCAGUUUAGACGCAUUUGUCCAAAGGAUAUUACGCCAUUUGGAAAAUGGCCAGUUCAAGUGGCGCUUGGUAAACUCCCACCUCGCUUUGAGAUGUCUAUAACCAAGUAAUUGCACCUUUUCUGGACUUCGGGUAUUCAAAUUUGUAUCCACCAGUCUUCGGCCAAUAGCCACUUCACUAAUUCCCCAACUCAGCCCUGCUUUAAUAUCCCUACAGGAUGCAAAAGGAUUAGUUUAGCUGAAGAGCACUAUGCAUCGGUCCUCUAAAAUUGUGGUUUUUUGUAUCACACUACGGUUUUCAGGCUUUGAUUUAUAAUUUAUGUCAUUGAAAACCAUUUUGGUAAAACAUUUUAGGCGACACAGAACUUUUUUAUACAAUUUUGCUCCUUCCUAAGCUCAAGAAAGGACCUCCUCUCUACAUUGGACCAGUUAGGUCCUUUACACACUAAAAUUAAUUUUUUUUUUUAUAGUUAUAGUGUAUUGUCGUAUAAACUACAAUAAUAAACCAGAUUAAACUCACUUUUCAUAAAAUUAAAAGCAAUUUCGGCUUUUUUAGUGGAAGAAAAGAAAAAACUGCUAUUCUAAUGUUCAGCCCAAAAGUGGUGCACUUGGGUAAAAAUAUCAAAAUUUCAGAAAAACUGAUCAAAUCUAACGGGGUUUUUGCUGUUUUCUUAUCUUUAUGCUUCAUUUUACAAAAACAAUGUGCUAGCGAUCAACUAACAAAAAGGAAUAACCAAAAAAAACGGUUACAUAGUCUUUUCUCUGUCGCACUGCUAUUUCAAUGGUCACAGCUGUAUAUGUUUUGUGUUGUUCAAUUAAAAAUAAAAAUAAAAUAUAAUAAAAACAAACUUAGCAAGCAAAAAAAUGGAACUUUACAAGAACGAAAACCAAAAUUUGUGGAAGAACGUAUUAGUUUAAAACUAUUUUAAACUCUAGGGCUCCAUAUUUCAAACUUAAAUUAAACUAUAAUAUUAAAAACAAUAACAAUAAUAAGAAAUUAGUAAGAAAUGCUUAUAUUAGCAAAAAGGUAAGUGUAAUCGAAAUAUUUAACAAAAUACUUGGAAAACAGUCAAAAUUAAUCAAAACGGAAAUGUUCACAAGCCAUAGUUUAGCAGCGAUUAUACAACAAAAAACAAUACAAAUAUGAAUACGGGAAAUGCAAGUGUAUUUAAAAGAUAUAAAAUAAAAAUAGAAAGAAAAAGAGAAAAAGGAAAAAACAACUACAGUCACGUCCUAUUUUUGCAACAACGAUUUACUACAGAACUUCAACAGAUUUAAAAUACAAGUUAAAAGAAAGGCUAAAAUAAUUCAGACGUUCAUUUUUUUUAAACAAAAAUCGUACACCUUUUUUUACAUUUUAUAAAGAUGAACAAAUGAAUCAGACAGAAUACAACAAAGCAACCAAAAUGAAAUUUAAAUAAAAUAUUUUUUUAUAUUGAAAUAAUAACACACAAAAAUAUGAAACCAAAAUGACAUUAACAUCAAAACAAAACAAAAAAAAAACGAAUGAAAAAAAAAACAAAAAAAUAUAAUCAAAUGUAAACUUUAAGCAUUUUUGCAAAAAAAAAAAGAAAACAAAAACAGAAAUAGAAAGAUUACCUAUAAUAUGAAAUUGAAUGAACAUUACACACUACAUUUUUAAGGAGUGUCUCACUAAUUUAGCUGAAAUUUCUAGAAAUAAUUUUAAAACAAUCAUUUCAUAUAAUACUUACCUACAGAUAGUCUCAUACAUGAACUUAGACACAUGAAAACCGACAACUAACACAAAAAAACAAAAACAAAAAACAAAAACAAACAAAGAUUGUUUUAGCGUGGAAAAAAGGGAAAACGAAAUGGAAUAAAAUAAGAAAUAUACUGUAUCUUCCUAUGCCUAAUUUAUAAUUGAAAAUACCACUAAAUAAAUAUACAAUGUGGAAAUGAUCGGUUUUAGUUAAAUAAUUGAUUGAUAUGAUUUAUACUUUGAUCUGUUAUAAGUAAAUUUAAUUUUUGAUAUAUAUAACUGAAUCAUAACAUAUAGAAUAACAACAACAGAACAUUACAAUUACAAUAAAUACAAAAUGGAAAACUACUUAUUAUAUACAACAUACAUGCAUAUAUAUUUAUGUAUAUACACGUAUAAUACUUAUAUAUACAUAUAUAUUUACUAAUGGCAACUAAAACAUGAAAUGUGAUCUUUUAAAGAAAUAAAAAUAAUAAGAGAAAUCAAUAAAUACUAAAUAAAGAACAAACGGGAAAUAUAUAUAUAUAUUAAAUACACAAAACUAAAAUUAUUCAUUUGGUGACAAAAGGUAAAUGAAUAAAUGUAACAAGUUUAAUAUAUCUACAUACAUAUAUAUAUAUAUAUAUUAAAUGGUAGCAAUAUAUAUUAGAAAUGUUUCUGAAAAACAACGACAAAAUGCAAAAUAAACAUUUUAUUUGGAAUUGAUUCCAUUAAUAACGAAAAAAAAAACAAGAUAAAUAAAUAAAAAUGAAAAUAAAACAACACAAACUAAUGACGAGAGAAUCUCAAUCUUACAUAACAAAAUAAUCGACAUAACCUAAGAUCGUUCAAAGUUUUAAGUGAUACUUAUACUUUACAAUACAUAUGUAUUUAAGGGCUGAUUAUAAUACACGGAAAUUUAGUUUUAUAUAAUUUCUCACCGUUUUCAAUAUGAAAUCCUAGAUUUUCUACUUUGCUUUCUUCUUGCUAUACAUACAUAUAUUACCCAUCUAAAACAAAGAUAAAAAGAUUCACACAUUCACUCUCUACGCUGUUGUUUCUUGACUCCUAUUCACCUCUAUCAAACACUUUUGUCAAACUAUAACUAACCGUUUAUAAAGAUAAUCCUCAUAGAUACACAGACACUAAGCAAAAAUCAAGAAUAAACAGUAACAACUCCAACUCAAAUGCCUAAUAAGUUUCCGUCCAUUAUAAGCAGACCUUAAAUCUAUAUGCAACCACAACAACAGCAAAAAAUAAACAAAUAAAAAUAGAUCAGCAUAUGGAUCGAUAAAAGAAAGUUGUAUACAACAUAAAAAUAAAAAUAAAAUAAUAAAUAAAACAUUUAUAAAAAUUAUAUUAAAUACAUAUUAGUAGGAACUUAAAAAUAUGACGUUAAAAUAAAAAACAUUUUAAAGAAUUCUUAAAAUUACAUAAAAAAAAAGGAUUGGCAAAAAAACAAUAAGCUGAAAAUGGCAAAAAAAAAUUGUGUAAAAACCCAAAUAUAAAUGUUCUACAAAAUAGAAAAUAAUUAAAAAAAAGAAAAAAAAAACUUAAAUACAUAAAUUGGAAUACAUGGACUCUGUUUAUAGAAAGAUGUUCACUUAAGCAAUUCUCAAUUUCAAUAGACAAACGAAUUAGAGUUCGCUAGUCAUGAUUGGAAACACAUGAGUUAUUUAUAAGGCACCUGUGUAGAAUAUGAGGAACUCUGCCUCAAGUGUAUGUAAACUAGGAACGAAACUUUUAUUUGCCUUACAAUUUUAUCAAAGCGAAUGUAAUGAUCAUGUUCGCAUAUCAAUAAAUAUUUCGAUUGGACUUAGUUAAUAUAAUUUGUAAUUAAUUCAGAACAAAACCUAACAUAGAUCCCCCAUAAUAUUUCUUAAUACUUAACGCUUGUAUAUGGCGCAUUUGUAAUUUCAUUUUGUAAUCGCAGAACCAGUAAAAUAUGAAUUAGGUUUAAUGAACAAAUACAUAAGUACUAUGUUUGAGCAUAAGUCAUAGGUAUUAUUGUUAUUUUUAGUUUAUAUUUACACCUAUACAUAACAUAUAUACUAUUAGAUUAUUAUGAUUAUUAAUUGUGAAUAUGAUGUGAUGUGUUUAUUAAAAAGUAAAGAACAAAAAAAAUUCAAUGUUGCAACUUAAUGAAACGUAAAGAAAUUUGUUGUACUAGAAUACCGAAAGAUCGAUCGGUCAAAUGAAUGAGUAAGAAAACUAAAGUAACUAGAAGUGAACAAUUUUAGUGUGCGAAUAUUAUAAUCUAAUUAUAAUUUAUAUUUAACGCAAAUUCGAUCUAAUAAUGCAUUACACAUACUUAUAAUAGUAUAUACUUACAGUAUAUACACACUUUGUAUAAUGUAAGUAAUUUUUCAUUUAUGUCAGGUGAUAUCAACGAAUUUUUCUAUGUGUUUUAUGCGUAUGGCAAGCGUAUUGUUCUUGAGAUGUAGUCUACCUACCUAUUUUUUAAGCGCCUUUAUUAUUUUUUUUGAAUUUACGUUUAAUUUCAAAUAUUUUGCACCUUAUUUAUUAUUGAUACUAUAUAUUAUAUUAUGUUUUUGUGAUAUUCAAAAAAUGUUGUUUUUUGUUUUCAUAUUUGUUUUAUUCAUUUUGUAUAUUUUCUCUGGCUUGUUUUUAUAUACAUACAUAAUUGAUGUGUAAUAUUUGUAUUCAGCAUAUAUACUUAUUAUAUAUUAAUAAAUUAAUUAAUACAUUUAAUUACCUAUACUUACAUAUAUACAAAAUACAAAACAAUGAUAAAUUGAAAAAAAAAAAUAGUUUUUAAGGCGUAAGCAGUAAUGUAAUGAACGAUGAAAAUGAUUAAUUAAAUAAAGCUGGGGAGGAAGUAAAGUAAACAUUAAAAAAAUAUGAACACCACGUUUACAGUACGUUUGAAAUCGAUGAUAAAAGUAAUGAUACAAAAAUAUGAUGAUAUUUAUACUCCUAAAAUUAAAAUUUUUUAAAGAUAUUUAAUAAACAAAUCAUUAUUAACUAUUAUUAUAUUUAUUAUUACAAAACAGGUUUAGUUAUUAUAUACAUACAUGUAAAAAAAAAAAAAAAAAAAAAAAAAACAAAA